AUGGCUAUGAAUGUGCCUUUAAUCCCAUCUUGGGGGCUUCAUCUGGACUCUGAACAUCCCACGGCACUGGACUGGAGAAUGCUUCUUGCUUAUCUAGGAUUUGACAAUUCUAGUUUAAUUCAGGUGUUGAAAAGUAAGAAGGGAAGUCAUACCCAAUAUGUGAUUAAAAUGUAUUAUACAAUGGAUGAGCACCCCACCUGGUGUGGAAUACAUAAAGCACUGAAAGCUAUGGAGAGAGCGGAUGCUGAAGCUGUAUUAGUGAAACAUGCUGAGAAGUUAGGCUUACCUUCAGAUACUGCUUCAACCAGUCUACCAGCAGGAUGGGGAGAGUUUAGUAACAUGUCUCAGAGAUUAGGAGAACAAAACUUAUCAUUUCCAUGCAUGAGAGAAAUCACUGAGCUGUUAAAUCCAGAACACCCAGUUGGGUUAGACUGGAAGAUACUUGCAAGUAAACUUGGCUGUAAAACAACUGACAUGGAUGCAUUUGCUCGUACACCCAACCCAGCCAUGGCCUUUUUGCAGGAUUAUCAAAUAAAAGAAGGAUCAACACUUGGUAAUUUAUUUUACGCUCUUAAACUGAUGCCACGGUAUGAUGUCAUUUACUGCUUAUGGAAACAAGGGGCAUUUACUGCUGGGGAGACUGUGCCUCAAUCUGGAAAGAUCUAUUCCCAGAGCUUAUCAUACGAUGGAAGUAGAGAUACAGCAAGGAGAGCUAAGAUGAGUGAACAGCCAAAGAGACAGAUAUCACAACAAGAUUCAGCUUCAUUUAGAAGGGAGACGGAGAACCUAUGUCGUAUGUUUCAUGAUUUAGGAAUUGAUGAAAAGAAGGCUAACAGAGCUAUACAUAAAGCUUAUCAACAAAAUAUAUACGAUCCAGAUGUGAUAUACAGUACAUAUCUCUUAGAGGAUGAUGACACAGAUACAGAAUCAACAGAAUCAGAUUCUGACGAAGAGAUCCAGUUUGCAUCGAUGGGCACCAGUAGUGUUUAUAAUAUACAAGGUGGAAAUGUACAGAUUGGAGAGAACAAUACAAUUAUCAAUCAUGGUGUCGCUGCACCAAUGAAACAAAAAAAAACUAAAAGAAGACAUGGACGAAAAGGAGAUGGAGACAUAGCUCAUAAAUAUAACAUCGAGCCAGGAAGACCACAAGUGACCAAGAAACUUAUUGAAAUGGGUUUUAGUGUAUAUUCUGUUCAGAGGGUUGUGAAGCAGCAUCCAAAUACAAUAGCAAUGAGUCUGGAAUCAGGGUUGUUUCUUGAGGUGUUUGUAUCCUCAGACAAUAGCAAUGAAUCUAUGGAUAGGGAUGUUCCAUGCCUUCAGACAAUAGCAAUGAGUCUGGAAUCAGGGUUGUUUCUUGUGGUGUUUGUAUCCUCAGACAAUAGCAACGAAUCUAUGGAUAGGAUUGUUCCAUGUAGUGUUUGUGCCUUCAGACAAUAG